AUUGGAAAAUGGUAUGCGAGAAGUGUGAGAAAAAGCUGGGUCGCGUAAUAACACCAGAUCCAUGGAAAUCCGGUGCCCGUAAUACCGUGGAGAGUGGAGGUCGCAAAGUUGGUGAAAAUAAAGCACUCUCGGCAAGUAAAGCUCGUUUUAAUCCGUACACAGCUAAGUUUGAGACCUGCCGAAUAUGUCGACAAAAGGUACAUCAAGUCGGUUCACAUUACUGUCAAGCAUGUGCAUACAAGAAGGCUAUUUGUGCCAUGUGUGGGAAAAAGUUAAUGAGCACCAAAAAUUAUAAACAAUCAGCUACGUAAUAGCUACUAAUAAAUACAAUCACAAUUUGAUAAUAAGUUACUGCA